UUCCUCGAACAGCAUGGUUCAAAUACCAUUUCUUUCGGUCAUCCAGGCCACGUCCGCUCUCUGGGUGCUGGGUUUCCCUCCCCUCAUAGCCGCGAGGAUAACCUUGCGAAACACCAGCUCUUCUGUCGAGUACAACUGUCACGCGGGACAAUCCUGCUGGCCAUUCAACGACGAAUGGGCCCAGUUUAACAGAAGCCUGUCUGGGAACCUCCACCGCACCGUCCCCUUUGCGGCAAGCUGCUUCUACGAUUCGCUCUCCUACGACCCCGCCUCCUGUACCCUCGCCGAAAAGACCUACCUCCUCAACCAGCCCCGAACCGAGGUCUACGGUGCGACCACAGGCCUCAACUGGGAGACGUGCGGGAUCGAGAGCUGCGCGCUGAACCCGCUCGACGCGUACACGGUGCAGUCCGACCAGUGCCGUCUGGGGCGACUGUCGGCCCUGUAUGUUGACGCACACUCGGCCCAACAGGUGGCCAUGGCGGUGCAGUUCGCGCGCAAGCAUCGCCUCCGCGUCAGCAUCAAGAACACCGGCCACGACUACUUCGGGCGGUCGACGCGCCCCGACACUCUGGCGAUUUGGACACACCACCUGAAGAAGAUGAGCUACCACGCCCACUUCACCCCUUCGGACUGUCCUGCCGGAGCGCACCAACACAUCGGGGAGAUCGGCGCGGGCGCGCAGGCGUCCGACGUGUACGCGUAUUUCCAGGGAUAUGGCAUGGCCGUGACGGGGGGCAAUGAGGGGUCAGUGGGAUUGGCGGGCGGGUUCGGACAAGGCGGCGGCCAUGGGGUGUUUGGGCCCUCGCGUGGUCUGUUGGUCGACAACGCGGUCGAAUUCGAGGUCGUCACCGCCGAGGGUCAACUGCGCACCAUCAACGCCUGCUCCGACCCGGAGCUCUUCUGGGCGAUGCGCGGCGGUGGGGGCGGCACGUUUGCCAUUCUGACCAGUUACAAAUUUCACCUCUACCCCGCCGUGAAGAUCAACGUCUACGCCUUGAAGGCCCGCUUUGUCACGACGACGAUGAACCACUCCGCGGCGACGGGGGACAACUACCGCGCCCUGGAGUGGAUGCUCACGCAGCACGUCACCGCCCAGCCCCUCUGGUCCUCCCAAAAUGUCUCCGGCCAUGCAUAUUACUGGCCCAGUCAGGUCGAGCUGUACCUGGUCUUGCCGUCGGAGAAUGAGACGGCGUUGCCGGCGUUGACGCGGGAGUUUGUGACGGCCGUGAACUCCCAUCCCGAGAUGAUCCAGGUCUCUGAGAGUAACUAUACGACGUAUGCGCAAUACACCGAUUUCCUCACCUUGACUGAGGCGAUCGCGACGAGAUUGACGCCAGGGGGUAUCUACGAAGCCGUCGCCAGCCGUUUGAUCCCCCGCGAUCUCUUUGAGUCGUCGGGAAGCGUCACAGAUCUGGUGACUGCGGUGCUCGAGGGGGUCCGGCUCAGUAACAGCUUGAUCUCCGAGGAGUACGCCCUGACGCAGGUCAUCAUGACCACACCCGUGAAUGUGCAGAACGGGAACACGACCAGUGUGCACCCCGCAUGGCGCUCCGCGCUGUGGCAUGUACUCAUGACGGGGGGUUGGUUCGACGUGCGCUCCUCGGCGAACCAGACCGCGCUUGGGGAACGGUGGCUGGAUACCGUGCAGCCGCUGAAGGAUCUGACGCCCGGGGGUGGGUGCUAUGUGAACGAAGGGUCAUACCUGGAGCCCGAAUGGGAGCAGACUUUUUUUGGGGCAAAUUAUCCGGCUUUGCUAAGGGUGAAAGAAAGGUAUGAUCCGACACACUUCUUGGAUUGUUGGAAGUGUGUCGGGUGGGAGGGUCCUAAUCCAGAAUAUGAUAGUCUGUAA